AUGGGAAACUUCAAGAAAACUUUUACGGACGUGCAAGAAUCAGAACUUGUGGAAUAUGUGAAGUUAAUGGAAGGUAGACUUUUUGGUCUAACCACAAAAGAUCUCAGACGUUUAGCGUUCCAGUUGGCAGAACAAAAUAAUAUACAGCAUAAUUUCAAAAAUAUUAUUGCAGGGUUAGAUUGGUUAAAAGGCUUCCUUAAACGGCAUCAGGAUCUAAGUUUAAGAAGUCCUGAACCAACCUCUGUAGCACGAGCAAUGGGGUUUAACAAAACAGCUGUAUCAAAAUUUUUUACUAAUCUUGUCACCUGCUUGGAUAAAUACAAAAUACAACCCCAUCGUAUUUACAAUGUCGAUGAAACGGCUAUCACUACUGUUCCAAAAUGUCAGUCCAAGAUUAUAGCUCAAAAAGGUCGAAGGCAGGUUGGUACUUUAACCUCAGCAGAGAGGGGACAGACCGUAACAGCAGAAUUGUGUUUCUCGGCAUCUGGGCACUAUGUUCCACCACUCCUAGUUUUUCCACGUGUACGAAUGAAAGCAGAACUACUGGAUGGAGCUUCUUUGGGAACAGUAGCAGCCUGCCACAAAUCCGGAUGGAUGCAGAGUGACAUUUUUGUUCAGUGGCUGAAACAUUUUGCCUCGCACGUCAAACCAUCUAUUGCAGAUCCUGUUUUACUGCUUCUCGACGGUCAUGCUACGCAUACCAAAAACAUAGAAGUCAUAAAUUAUGGCCGUGCCAAUGGAAUAGUGAUGCUAUGCUUUCCGCCGCAUUGUACUCACUGCCUCCAAGCACUCGAUGUCAGCUUUAUGGCACCAUUGAGUGCAUAUUAUAGCCAGGAACAAAAAUCUUGGCUACGAAAUAAUCUUGGUCGGGUAGUGACACAAUUCCACAUUUGCAAGUUAUUCGGGAGAGCUUACGAAAAGGCAGCCACCGUACAAACGGCUACAUCUGGAUUCAGAAAAACUGGGAUUUAUCCAACUGAUCCGAAUAUUUUUGGAGAUGCUGAUUUUGCAGCGGCAGAGACUACCGAACGGGAAAGAGACUCCAAUGAAAAUACGCAAUUCAUUAAUAACGAUGUCAAUGUUAGAAUGCAAGUAGAAGACAUAGAGCAAACCGAAAUUUCGAUACAGCAGGUUGAGGAGGAAGUAAACAGGUCCGUUACAUCUCAACCUGGGUCGUCUGGAUUACUGAAUACAGUGCCUAAUACGAUAUAUGAAAACGACGGAACUUCUAGAAGUGGGUCAUCAGUGUCUUGUCCUUCGACAUUUUCAAAAUCGCCAAAGGACCUGUUUCCGGUGCCAGAAGCUUUGAGAUCAGCGAAACCAAAUUGCCGUAAACGAGGUAAAACGGUGAUUCUUACCGAAUCGCCUUAUGAAAAUGAGUUGGAAGAAGCCUUGGACAAGCAGAAAAAGCAAUGCACGGCUGUAAAAAGAAACUUAAAGGGAAGAGUUAAACAGAAGAAGGCAAAGAAGCAAAAAAAAGGAGAUAUAAGUUGUGAUCGCGAGAAUGAAGAAGAAACGGAGAAAAAGAAGAAAAAGCAAAGAAAACAAGCUAUUUAUACAAGUUCUGAUGAUAAUAACAACGAAGGAACGAGUGGCGAUGAAGAAAUGUGUGUAUAUUGUCACGAAUCAUACUAUGAAACAAAAAAAGAUGAUGGGUGGGUGCAAUGCGUCGAUUGCACAAACUGGGCCCAUGAAGGUUGCACUGGCUUGGAAGAAGACGAUUUAGUUGCAUUUCAGUGUCGCAAAUGUAAUUUUUCCUAA